ACAAUACAAACACAGGCGAAAUCAAAUUAUAAGACACAGACGUAAUAUAUGCGUGAAAAACUAGCUGGCAACAAUAACAGUUGCGUGUGUUAAGCCAAAUGUCAAGAAAAACUAGUAAAAAGCGACGUAUCAAAUAAAAAUUUAGUGUUAAGUGCUAUUAGACUAUGACUUCGGUUAUAUAUGUGGAUUUGAGCUCGGAUUCGGAGGAGGAGGGCCCACCGGAUGUCAAGCGAGCGCGUCGAGACCAGGCAAGGAUGUCCACGCCGAAAGCCCUGCCCACAAAACUGUUGCACAUACCAAAAGCAUCUCUUGCAACGCCUGCCACGGGCAUCAAAUCAACGCCAACUGCAACAACAACAGCGACAGGAACCGGAACAAUAGUAGGAACUUACAGGUCCAUGCAUAUACCCAGCGGCAUAACGGUUACCAAGCACAACAACAGUAAUGGCAAUUUCAACAUGUCCAAUGCAAAAAUCUCGCUGGAGAACAACAAUAAUAGCAACAGCAACAACAACAAUAACAAUAACAAUAACAGCAACAAUAAUAAUAACAAUAACAAUACUGUGAAUUACAAGCCAUUUAAAUUGUCGGGCGGCAACUGGUCCAAGACAAUAACUGGCACUGGCACCACAAUGGCAACAAUUACCAGUGUACCCAUCCCCCAGAUGCUGACAUCCAAAGCGGCACAGAAAACCGCCACACAACAGCACAAGGCGCCAAUGAAGCAGAAGGCGGCGACGUUGGGGCAGCAAAAAACUGCGCUACUGCAGCAGCAGAAGCUGUCAACGCCAACGUCCCUGCAGCAACAGCAGCAGCAGCAG